AUGGAGAUAAAUUUUCUUGAUUUACCGGAAGAAUGCAUCGCCACCGUGAUUUCUUUCACAAGCGCUCGCGACGCCUGCCGUAUCUCCACCGUCUCCAAAUCACUUCACUCCACCGCUGAUUCCGACGCCGUUUGGGAGAAGUUUCUUCCCGCGGAAUCUCGUUCGUUGAUCGAUCAUUCUUUGUCUAGGUUAUCCAACAAGCAGCUUUUCCUCCGUUUAUGCGAAUCCCCUCUUCUCAUCGACGAUGGCAGAACAAGCUUUUGGAUGGAAAAGAGAAGCGGCAAGAAAUGUCGGAUGUUAUCUGCGAGGAAGCUAGAGAUCGUUUGGGUUGAUAUUCCUGAAUAUUGGUCAUGGAUUUCGGUUCAGGAGUCAAGGUUCAAGGAAGUUGCAGAGCUUCGAAUGGUAUGUUGGUUUGAGAUCCGAGGCAAAAUAAGCGCAUCACUUCUCUCCAAAGACACCAUUUAUGGAGCUUACCUUGUUUUCAUGGAAGCAAACAAAUGGGGAGCAUUUGGAUUUGACUCUCUGCCUUUGGAGACGAGUAUUCGUUCCACAAGAACCGAAAUUUGUAAUGAUGGAAGAGUGUUUCUUGAGUCGGGAACGAGAGAGCCUAGAGAAGAUGGGUGGUUGGAGAUUGAGCUUGGUGAGUGUUAUGUCGGUUUUGAUGAGGAGGAGAUCGAAAUGAGUGUUAUGGAGACAAAAGAAGGUGGCUGGAAAGGUGGAAUCAUCGUUCAAGGGAUCGAGAUUAGGCCAAAACAAAAUGUUGCGUUUUGA